AUGGCUUCAUCAAAGGACAGUGAGCAAUCAAUAACAUCACCGGAACGACUUGGUGCUGUCUUAGCUAAUGUAUUACAAGAGCAACUGCUUGACGGUACGGAAAGUAUGUCGCAAACUGCGGCCUCAACUGCUCGAGAAGUUGUCAGCGAUUGGGAUAAUCUGAUUUUGUCGAACAUUAUUGGUGAAUCAACAGUUACAUCUGUAGAUGAUCCUCGUGUGCCGUCUGAUCCAUCUCUUGCGGCAACAGAGGCUUUGUACACCGACAAAAGACACAUUGAUUUCAUUCCGUGUCUCUUGGAAAAAGGAUAUGAGCCCAAAGGUUGGUUAGGUAUACUAAUUCGUGAUAAAUUAUAUAUUGAUUUUUCUUCACCGGAUAAUUUUGAUACGGUCUUUGAAGAAUUGAUUGCUGAAAUUCAGGUAAUUACGGACCGAUUACAGAUAUUACCUGGUGAGUAA